GUGCCUGCUCCAGUCAGAGCGUGCUGCUGCGCUCUCCGCUGUCGGAAUCCUCCAACGUAAUUUACGUAAGAUUCCUUACGCUCGCCGCGCUGUUAAAGCGUAACCUACGUCACUAGCGUAGCGGCUCCUUGUAAUGGCGACCGUGCCGUAGCCGUGCCCAGGUUUGUGAAAAUGAAGCGAAGAAGAAGUUAUUUCUUUUAAGUCAAAAAAAACGCCGAGAGGAGGACUUUACAAGCAAGAAAACUUUACUUUUGAACUUUUUUUCUUUUUUUUUUUUUUUUUUUUUUGCUGUGUGUAAAAUGAUGAAGCUCAAGUCGAACCAGACCCGGACGUACGACGGGGACGGCUACAAGAAGCGCGCCGCCUGCCUGUGCUUCAGGAGCGAGGCCGAGGAGCAGGUGCUGUUGGUGAGCAGUAGUCGACAUCCUGAUAAGUGGAUAGUUCCUGGAGGGGGAAUGGAGCCCGAGGAGGAGCCCAGUGUUGCCGCAGCUCGAGAAGUGUGCGAAGAGGCCGGUGUGAAGGGGACUUUAGGUCGCUUGGUUGGAGUUUUUGAGAACCAAGAGAGGAAACACAGAACCUACGUCUAUGUUCUUAUUGUAACAGAGUUGCUGGAGGACUGGGAGGACUCGGUCAACAUCGGGAGAAAAAGGGAAUGGUUUAAAAUAGACGAUGCCAUAAGAGUGUUGCAGUGUCACAAGCCUGUGCAGGCCACCUACUUCGAGGCUCUCCAGGAGAGUUGCCUGACCAGUAACGGAACCCCUUUGGUGACCACGAUAGGUGGGGACCUCUCCCCUACCUACAGCAUCAAUCAGAGCUCCGUCUCGGGUAUCAGAUAACUAAAACCAUAACUCUUGACACCUUCCGGGAGCUUUCGCCACCACUUGCGCUCUUACUUGUGUCAUUUUCUCUUCUCUUCUCUGCUCUUUGUUCUUUUUUCUCUUCUCUUCUGUCUCAAUAACAUGGUUUGCCUUGCCAACUCCUUUGUGCCAGAACUGUGGCACAGACUUGAUGACAAGUGUUGGGUGAAUAGUCUGAAACACUUUGUAAAUGUAAAUGUAAUUUUUGACCCCCAGUUUUUCUUUUUCUUUUUACUGACAACUGCAUGAGAUGUCCCCCAUCCCCUCCCUCCCUCCCUCCCCCUCAUUCUC